AGCUGCCCAGUGGACCACACAGCUACAGACUGGAGGAGCUGGCUUACACCCGGAGCGGGGACAAAGGAGACUCUGCAAACAUCGGAGUGAUCGCUCGCCAUCCCCUCUUCUACUCCUACCUGAAGAAACACCUGACUUCUUCUGUGGUGGAGGAAUACUUCUCCCACCUCAUCCAGCCCGGCGUGAAGAACGCCGUCACACGAUACACUCUUCCGGGGAUCCACGCUCUAAACUUUGUCCUGAAGAAUUCUCUUGGAGGAGGAGGGGUGGCCUCUCUACGCAGCGACCCACAGGGUAAAGCUUACGGACAGAUGCUGCUGGACCUGAAGCUGAGGGGACUGCCCGACCUCAAAUCACUGGUGGACUGAGAGGGGGGGG